UGCUUUGCAAGCUCGAAACCACUUCUCGUCUCUACUGCUGAUCUGAAUAACCUAUUAGGCACAGCCGCAACGGGCACUUCCUCGACCGUGUGGAUUUCAGCAUGUCGCCACGAAAAUCCUCGUUCACCUUCAAUGUUUCCAGAUAUUUUUUCAGAGCCACUCCUUAAUUUGUUCACUAACCGAGAGCGUUCAAGCAAAGAGAUUGUUCAAGCUGCUGUAGACUUACGACUACUCCCCAAAGUAGAAAAGAACGAGCAGGUGAAUGAAGAAGGAUCGAUUGAACAAAUAGGAAUCGAAAUUGAGAGAGUGGGACCAGCUGAUGACCCAAUGGAAGGAUCCAACGUCACUUUAAUCUGCAGUUAUUUCGCAUUAUCCUCAACCCUCGAGUCAAUAGAUCCACCAACAUGGUACUUUUACGGAAAUGGAAAAGCGACAUGGCACAAGUUUUCAUUCAAUUCCUUAAAGGAACCAAACGCAGAUAUUAGAAACGAAAUUGAAAGGACGACAAACGGAUUAAAAAAGUGCAAAUUGCACUUGAUCAACGUAACCCUAAAUAUCCCAUACACCAAAUUCAAAUGCGCGUAUGGCGCCGAGAAUUCGACAGCAGUCAAAGAGAUUUCUUUAGCUAUUAAAGAAAUCAACAACGACCCAGUGUCUAAUUCAAUUUCCCUAAAAAAAGGUGUCGGCCAAAAUUUGAUCUGCAAUCGAUUGUCGCAAUAUGUUCCCAUUCAUUGGCUCAAGGAUGGCAUGGCAUACUCCGACUCGGUCUAUGAAAACGAAACCGCGUCUAUUGCGCAACUGCAAGGAAAAGAAACGGAGAAGGGAUUCUACGAAUGUCGAUGGAAAAACAGCAAAGGAGAGCAAAGAAACAAGUUAUUCACAGUCAACAGUCAAGAAAAAGAUACACACACCAUCAUCAUAUCUGCAUCUUUCAUCGGAUUACUUGCAGUCGGAUUGGGAAUCGGAAUUAAAGUUUAUCUCGACAAAAGAACCGUAGAAAGACAACUUGAAAAAAGGCUGAAUGGAGAUCCGAGUAAGAUCGACCCGGAUGUGUCAAUGGAAUUUCAAACGGAAUUCCUGCCUUACGACAAGAAAUGGGAGUUUCCAAGGAAACGGCUCAAACUCGGUCAAGAACUGGGAUCCGGUUAUUUCGGUCGAGUUGUCAAAGCUGAGGCCGUGGGCAUGAAAGACUCGGAUGAAACUAUUACAACAGUCGCCGUUAAAAUGAUGAAACCAACAGCCAAUUCAAACGACGCAUUAGAUGCUCUUAUUAGGGAAUUAAAAAUUAUGAUUUAUUUAGGAUCGCACUUAAAUAUUGUUAAUUUGAUGGGGGCCUGUACCAAAACCCUCGUCAAAGAAGAAAUUCUGGUCAUCAUCGACUUCUGCCGAUUCGGAAAUUUAAAAUCUUAUUUAAUUGAACACCGGAACAAAUUCAUCAACCAGUUGACCGCAUUAAGUGAUUUUCUACCUGGGGACGAAACGGUGGAAAUCAACACACCAGCUAAUCCCUCGGUUUCAAAUGAUUUUACCGAGCAUCCGCUGUCUGUCGACAAUGAAGUUCCGGGACGAUCGGAAAAUUAUGUUGACAAUCAGCCCGAAUCAGAACAGGCCAGUAAUAACGCAGAAGAUUCGAAAGCAAUUGCCAAUCAAAUAAUAAAAACGAGCGACUUGAUUUCCUGGUCAUUACAAAUCGCUCGAGGGAUGGAAUUCUUGGCCAGCAAGAAGGUUCUACACGGCGAUUUGGCCGCCCGCAAUGUCCUUUUGGCCGAUCACGGAGUCGUCAAAGUGGCCGAUUUCGGAAUGGCCAGGCAAAUGAAGGAUUACGAUUACCAGAAAACGGGAGAGGAGUUGAUGCCAAUCAAGUGGAUGGCCAUCGAGUCCCUGACGGAUAAAAUCUUUUCUAGUCAAUCGGAUGUCUGGUCUUACGGGGUGGUUUUGUGGGAAAUCUUUUCCCUCGGCAAAGUUCCAUAUCCAGGAAUGGAUAAUGGUUGGGCGCUUGUAAGAGACAUUCAAAACGGACACCGAAUGGAAAAACCGGAAUAUUCUCCCAAUUUCUUUGGAGAUAUUACGAAAAAAUGUUGGCACAUAAAUCCAAAGGAGAGGCCAACUUUCUCCCAACUGGCAGAGAUGGUGGAAAAAUACAUCGAGUCACUUGUCGGCUUGGAUUAUUUAAAUAUAAAUAGACUAGAACGCGAAAAUGAUUUAAUCGGUGUGACAGUCUAACGUAAUUCACCAUUCCAACCCUGAACCAAUCCAACAUGAAUAAAUUUCGUUCAAUAAUCUGUAA